UGGGCUUGGACACGGGGCCCGGAGCAUCGCAUUGGCGACUUCGUUGGCUGACCUCGACGCGUGGAUGGUCCCUUUUCCCUCGUGUUCUCGCGCCGACGGACCAAACUCGCGUCUUAUGGGGUAGUGAGAAGGCUCCAGGGUGUGCAUUUAAUGUGAGCAAGUUGGUGUGCGAAUAUGGAUGGAGUCAGCGUCUUUGCAACAAACGUCAUAAUAACCUAAACGAGUUAACCAAAGUAUCCUUUGUAUGCAGCGAUCGAAUGGAUGGUUAGACGUGGAGCUUGGGUAAAUCGGCUUCAAAAUCGGCAGAAGGUGUCAGAUCGGCUCCGUAGGUGGUGGAGGCUGUGUAAUAGGUAGCACUAACGGCGGCGGUGGGGCCGGCAGGGACGGCGGCGGCGGCCGCCGAUCCAGAAACGGCAUGACCCGUCCACCCAACAAUGAUAACCUCAUGACCUUCAAGUUGGUCGUAGUCGGGGACGGCGGCGUGGGCAAAAGCGCCCUCACCAUUCAAUUCUUCCAGAAACUUUUCGUCACCGACUAUGAUCCGACCAUCGAGGACAGCUACAUCCAGCACACCGAGGUGGAUAAACAGUGGUGCAUCUUGGAUGUGCUCGAUACUGCUGGCCAAGAGGAAUUUAGCGCUAUGAGAGAACAGUAUAUGCGCAAAGGAGAUGGUUUUUUGUUAGUAUACUCCGUAACGGACAAACAGUCCUAUGAAAAUAUUGUCAAUUUUUAUACUCAGAUUUUGAGAGUCAAGGAUAGAGAUGUGUAUCCUAUGCUUCUGGUUGCCAACAAAGUGGACUUGGUACAUUUGCGAAAAGUUACAGAAGAACAAGGUAGAGAAUUGGCACAUCGCUUAAGUAUUCCUUAUAUCGAAACUUCUGCAAAAGAUCCUCCACUGAAUGUCGAUGCUGCAUUUCACGAGGUUGUACGUAUUAUAAGAAAUCAACCUCCCGCUGAGUUAGAAAAGAAUCGUCGAAAGCGACGACGUGCGGCAAAGUGCACGAUUUUGUAAUAUUUGAACAAAGCUUUUUAAAUUAACUACAGACCUACAGCACAACACAGUGGAAACAUUCAGCAUUAAGAAACUUAUUAAGAAAAUCUAAUUUAUUUGAAAAUUUGUAUUUUAGUACAUUCUACUUUUUAUAAUUUAUAUAUUUUUAAACGAUUUUCUAUAUUGCUAAUUUAUGCGCAUUGUUUACAGCGUAAUGAACAAACCAUUUUUUAUCUCUCAUGUUACUCGUGUAUAAGAACGAGACAGGUUAAUGGUCCAUCAAAGUACCUCGCACAUAAUAUUACAAAUGUGCAAAAUGUUAGAGAUCCGUUAGAUGUGUUUUAUUAAAUGCUGCUGUCGUACAAUUCAAUCUAGUCGAAAAUUUGAUAUAAAAAGAAGAAUAACGAGCCCUGUAUUUAUCUACCAAUGUAAAUGGAAUCGAUCGUUUUUCCAUUAACUUUGCACGUGUGAUUAGCUGAAAAAAAAGUAUCUUGUAAAUCAUUGUCAUGAAAUGAC